AUGUCCACCUCGGCCGAUCGCACGUACGAGCAGCAGAACGACUCGGCACUCGACGCGCUCUACUCCAAGGUCUCCUCUCUCCGCUCGGUGACCAUCGACAUCCACAACGACUCGGAGAGCCAGCGCGCAGGACUCUUGGCCCAAACUUCGGACCAGUUUGACAGCUUCUCCAACCAGCUAACGCGCACCUCGAACCACUUUUCCAGGAGCAUCGUCAACGGCGCGAGACAGCAUCGCUUGACGCUUUACAUUGUCGGUGGAUUCGUCGGUCUCUGGCUGCUCUACAAGCUCUUCUUCUAA